AUGCCUCGCCUUGCCAACUCUCUUCUAAAAAGCAUCAUUAGCAGAGGUCAGUUUGAUGGCGUCAGGAGGAAGCAAUGCCUCCAGUAUCUGAAAGGCCUGAGAGCGCUGCAGCACGAUGGGUUUCAGACCGUGUAUUUUGGGGAAACUGAUAUCCCAGAAAGUCUCGUGACCGGGGAAGAACUUGGUAAUGGAUAUUUCGUGCAAACUCCAACUUGGUGUAUCGUGCACGCAGGAGGCAGUCAAGGAUGGGUGCCGUGGAAAUACCGGACGUUUCUAAGAGAUGAGCUGUGCACCAAGCAGGAAGACCACCUCUUCUUCGAGUUCUGUGAUGUGGUGAAGAAGAACUAUGGGAAGUGUGCCAUCGUGGUCAAAGGGAGGAGGCAGCAGGAUGAGACGAGGCCCCAGGAACACAGAGAGGCCGAGGUCCAGGCCAACCUCCCAACAGUCAUUAACUUAACAAGCAUAGUGUGCUGCCCAGAGGUGGCCAAGUCCUACGGCCAUAAACUGCUCUGUCUGCCCUCCCAUUACAACUACCUGAACCCUUUAGACUCAGCCUGGUGUUCUCUGAAGUGGUUUAUCAUCAAUAACAGGAGGGAGUUCUGUCUGCAGUCCAUCGACAGCGUCUACUCCUACCAGUACAUCCUACUAAGUGAUUUAAUCAGCAAAGGGAUUGAAAGGAUAAACCUAAGCAAGUGGAAAACACUAACCAACAAAGUUCGCAGAUGGGAAAAUUACUAUCUUGGGAAAUUUUCUUAA